CUCUUUACCUCAGUGGGUCAUUGUGUUUUUCCCAUUUUGGUGAACACCUGGCAAUGGUUUCACCACUUUUCUAUAGCCAUCUUUCCCUGCUUAUCCUUGCAAGCAUCCUUUGGAUACUUGCAACAGUUGAGGCUCAAAGAAAUGUAAGUGUAGGUGAUUCCUUAUCUGCAAAUGAUAAAACCAUGGCUUGGCAAUCACCAUCUGGUGAUUUUGCCUUCGGGUUUCAAUCCAUUCCUACUAAACAAGACCGGUUUCUUCUUGCUAUCUGGUAUGCUAAGAUACAAGAAAGAACUAUAGUCUGGUAUGCUAAUCGAGAUAACCCUGAAACCGAUCGAGACUCCACGAUUGAGCUCGAUAACAGCGGUCAUCUCGUGCUUAAAGACCCUAAAGGCAAAGAGCUAUGGAGGUCUCAACGCCUUACUGAUGGUUCUCAAGUGUCCCAUGCAGCCAUGCUCGACACCGGCAACUUCGUGAUCGCAAGCAAAAACUCGACCAACAUAUGGGAGAGCUUCAAAUAUCCAACUGACACCAUCUUACCUUCACAAGAACUUGAUAUGGGUGACCAUCUUUUAUCAACUCUGGUUGAAACAAGUUACAGUAAGGGGAAGUAUCAGCUUCGUUUCAAUAGUGAAUCUUUCAUACUGAAUCAAAUAGAUAUGUUCACAGGAAAACCUUACGAAGCUUACUUUAAUUUCGGGAACGGUUCUCGGUUGGUCUUCACCGAGUCAGGGUAUAUCCGAAUCCAGAAUCUGAACGGAACUCUAGUUGAGGUUGCACCGAUAAAUGCUGUUCCGAAACCGGACUUGUACUACUACAGGGCGACACUUGACUUUUAUGGUGUUUUCAAUCUCUAUUAUUAUCCAAGGAACCCCAGUGGGGGUGGAAGCUGGUCCGUGUUGUGGUUUAGGCCGAUGAACAUAUGUCGUCGCUUUAUCAACUCAACGAUUACAUCCGGAAGGGCUACGUUCGGAACUGGACCUUGCGGUUAUAACAGCAUUUGUGAACCUAUUCAGGGGAGGCCUAAUUGUACAUGUCCCCCUGGAUUUUCUUUCUUGGAUGACAACAAUCAAUAUGCAGGUUGCAAACAGGAUUAUGCAAGCUACCCUGCAGAUUGCAACCCUGAUGGAUCCACCAUCGGGGAAGAUCGGUUCGAGUUCAAGCCAAUGUCGUUUGCGGAUUUUCCUUUGGGUGACUAUGGAGUAAUUAAACCUGCAACUGAGUUGGAAUGUAAGCAAUCUUGCCUUCUUGAUUGUUCUUGUGCGGUUGCCAUUUUGCAGGAUCCAACUCUAAGCAAAGAUGGCAAUGGAACUUGCUGGAAAAAGAAAAUACCACUUUCCAACGGAUGGUUCGACAGAGAGUCUGUUGAUCGAACAGCUCUAUUUAAGGUACUAAAGUCGGAUGCCUCGACGAAAAGCCCGACCAAGUCAAACCGGAGUGACGAUAAUCAAAAUGAAGUUGUAUUGAUCCUUGCAGUUCUGUUAGGCACCUCUGCAAUUUUCAACUUCUUUUCUUUAGCUGCAAUUUCUAUGAUCUUCUUCUGCUUAUUCCGAAGAAGGCUCGGGGAAUUGAAAGGUGCUCAUAGCAGAAGAGAUUUAGAGACUAAUCUGCAGUUUUUCACAUACAAAGACCUCGAACAUGCCACGAACGGAUUCAAAGAAGAACUUGGAAGGGGAGCUUUCGGCACGGUUUAUAAAGGAGAAUUGCCAUCAAGCUAUGGAGAUCGUAUUGCAGUCAAGAAACUCGACAAGUUUGCUCAAGACGGCGAAAGGGAAUUCAAAACUGAAGUGAAGGUCAUCGGCCAAACUCACCACAAGAACUUGGUGAGACUAACUGGCUACUGUGAUGAAGCCGAACAUAGACUUUUGGUCUACGAGUUCAUGGAAAACGGAUCAUUGUCAAGCUUCCUUUUCGGAAUUUUAAGGCCUAGUUGGCAACAAAGACUGCAAAUUGCAUCAGGGAUUGCAAAAGGCCUCACAUACUUACACGAAGAAUGCAGCAAACAAAUUAUCCAUUGCGACAUAAAGCCACAAAACAUACUAUUAGACGAAUCCCUCACCGCGAAAAUAUCCGAUUUCGGGUUGGCAAAGCUUCUUAUGAACGACAAAACACGAACGAAAACCGGCAUACGAGGGACAAAAGGCUAUGUAGCACCAGAAUGGUUUCGAAACAUCCCGGUUACGGUCAAGGUCGAUGUUUACAGCUUCGGGGUAAUGUUAUUAGAGAUCAUAUGUUGCAGAAGAUGUGUGGAAGUUGAAAUGGAGGAAGCAGCAAUAUUAACAGAUUGGGUUUUUCAGUGUUACAGCGAAGGGAUGAUUGAAAAACUAGUUGAAGACGAUGAAGAAGCUAGAAAUGAUGUUGGGAAAUUGGAGAAGUUAUUAAAAGUGGGGAUUUGGUGCGUUCAAGAAGAGCCAAUGUUAAGGCCCUCCAUGAGGAUUGUUACAAUGAUGCUUGAUGGAGCAAUCCAAGUUCCUGAUCCACCAUGCCCUUUCUCACUCAACUCCAUUUCAACAUCUACUAAAACGGACUAGUUUAUGCUAUACAGAUUUUGAGAUGUGUUUAUUUAUUUUGUUGUGCUCUGUUUAAAGUUGAUAGUUGUUUUUCUUUUGGUUUGGGGUAUGUAUAGGGAGUGUAACAUCGUGCAUAUAAUUAUUUGUUGAAUCUUGUAGUUGAUGUACCGAUGGAUUGGGAUCUUUUAGAAGACAGAUUUUUCUUUUUGGUAACAAAAACUGUCUUUAGCUAUCCCAUUCCCAGCACUAUCCUGCUGCAAUUCUCCAAUCAUAGUAGUCGCCAACGCUGUCACCCUCUGUGUGUACUUUUUGACACUCAAUAUAGUCUUGUUUAUGGAUUGA